AUGUCUUCGACCUCCACGUCGGCCCUUAUUUCAGCGUACGCUGCAGGGUUGGUGGACAACCGUUGCGCAGUCGCCGUACAGACGUUCUUCAUUUACGAAUGCAUCCUCGAACUUCCCCGUGAAGUCGAGCUCUUCUGGAAACGCCCGUGGACGGGGGCGACGGUGCUGUUUAUCGCAAACAAGUACCUCUUCCUGCUGCAUCAAGUAUUAAGCGCAAUCGCACUCCGGACCACGUUCAGCGCAGAUAGCGUGCUCUUAUCAGAGUUCUCGGCCUUGCGUGCGUUUGCGCUCAGCCAAAGCCGGCUCAUCGCCCUAGGGAUUUUCAUCCUGAGUCUCACACCUCUGGGGUUCAAUGCGCCAAACCUAGCAUUCGGCUUCGUCGGCACGACUGACCCGCUGCUCGGUUGCGCCUACUCUCAACCCACCUUGCCGUCCAACUUGCCGUUCAAAUGUAAGCAUUUCGUGGUGACUUCUGUGGUGCUUAAAGCACGAGCUGACGUCGGAUACGGCGUAGGGCUGAUCACAGUCCGCACGUCGCUCAUCUUUGCAGACGCCUUCCUCGUCGGCCUCACAUGGUAUCGCCUCCGUCGCUCCAUCGGACACUCUCGAGGACGCUUCUCCCUCUCGACUGUGUUCCUCCGAGACGGCUCCAUAUAUUUCAUUAUCCUCUGCAUCCUAAACGUCCUCCACAUGACGCUCAGCCUCACCGCGACAUUCUCCGACCGCGCCGGCGACGUCGGCCUCUCCGCCGUCCCCCUCUUCACCGAACCCAUCACCGCCGUCCUGAUCUCCCGCUUCCUCCUCAACCUCCAAGAAGCGAACCUGCGCGCCACGCUCGACCGCUCCGGCUUCCUCACCAGCACCAGCGCAGGCUCCGACUCCGAGGGGACGAGCACCGCCUACGCGAGCGCGACGGACCGCGACUCGACUGUGUUCACGUCCGCGCCGCGCAUCUACGGCACGUACGUGGGCACGGGGAGCGCGCGCCUCGGCACGAACCUGACGUUCGCGAGCUUCGCGGACGCGGUCGGCGGCGCGCUCGAGCCGGAGGACGUCUGGGGCGGGGGCGGUGGAGAGCGGGGGUGGUACGGGGACGAGGAGGAAGAAAAGGCGAAGGGGGAGGGGAGGCGGGGCGCGAGGGAGGAGAUUGAGCUGCGGCCGGCGGAGCGGGAGGGGCGCGAGUCUCCUCGGUAG